CAUCGAUAGUGCUGUCGAUGUUUCUCCGCUUCUAGUAAAUUGCUCUUUUUAACAUUCGGUCACACUAGAUCCGAGUGGGUUUUGUGCGCACGUUUGCAUGUUAAACGAGAGCUGCCGUCGUCGUCUCAGUGUCGUCGUACUACAAAAACCCCAAUUUGCACAAAGGGUCCCCCCUGUGAAAAUAAAUAGCAAUAAAUAAGCAAAGAUGUCUGGCGAGGAAACGUCUGCUGAUCGCAAUGUCGAAAUAUGGAAAAUAAAGAAGCUGAUCAAAAGCCUGGAAAUGGCACGUGGCAAUGGCACCAGCAUGAUUUCACUGAUUAUUCCGCCUAAAGAUCAAAUCUCUCGCGUCAGCAAAAUGUUGGCCGAUGAAUUUGGUACGGCCUCCAACAUUAAGUCGCGUGUGAAUCGCCUUUCCGUCCUGGGCGCUAUCACAUCGGUACAGCACAGACUUAAGUUAUAUACCAAAGUGCCUCCCAAUGGUUUGGUCAUUUAUUGCGGCACAAUUGUCACAGAGGAGGGUAAGGAGAAGAAGGUGAACAUUGAUUUUGAACCCUUCAAGCCCAUCAAUACGUCAUUGUAUCUGUGCGACAACAAGUUCCAUACGGAGGCACUCACUGCCCUGCUGGCCGAUGACAAUAAGUUCGGCUUCAUUGUGAUGGACGGUAACGGCGCUCUCUUCGGCACCCUCCAGGGCAAUACACGCGAGGUGCUGCACAAAUUCACUGUGGAUCUGCCGAAGAAGCACGGACGUGGUGGUCAGUCUGCGCUUCGUUUCGCUCGUCUGCGUAUGGAGAAGCGGCACAAUUAUGUGCGCAAGGUGGCUGAGGUGGCCACACAGCUCUUCAUUACGAACGACAAGCCAAACAUUGCUGGUCUCAUUUUGGCUGGUAGUGCAGACUUCAAAACUGAGCUCAGUCAAUCCGACAUGUUUGAUCCCCGUCUACAAACAAAAGUUAUCAAACUAGUGGAUGUAUCUUAUGGCGGAGAGAACGGUUUCAAUCAGGCCAUCGAAUUAGCCGCCGAAUCGUUGCAGAAUGUAAAGUUCAUACAGGAAAAGAAACUUAUUGGUCGCUACUUUGAUGAAAUUUCUCAGGAUACUGGCAAAUAUUGUUUCGGCGUUGAGGAUACUCUGCGAGCCUUGGAAUUGGGCUCAGUGGAAACGUUGAUUUGCUGGGAAAAUCUGGAUAUACAACGCUAUGUACUGAAGAAUCAUGCCAACUCGACGUCAACGACAGUAUUACAUUUGACGCCCGAGCAGGAGAAAGAUAAGUCUCACUUCACGGACAAGGAGAGCGGAGUUGAAAUGGAAUUAAUCGAGUCUCAACCGCUCUUGGAAUGGCUGGCGAACAACUACAAAAUGUUUGGCGCUACCCUGGAGAUCAUUACGGACAAAUCUCAGGAGGGCAGCCAGUUUGUGCGAGGUUUCGGUGGCAUUGGCGGCAUUUUGCGCUAUAAAGUAGAUUUCCAAUCGCUUCAAGCCGAUGAACCGCUGGAGGAUGUUGAUCUCGAUGAUUAUUAAACAAUAACACUGCAAAAACAAACAAAAACAGAAAGCAAAAUGAAACAAAAGAAAAACUUAAAGAAAAAGCAUUCGCACUGCAUAGAUUUUCGGAUCUCAAUACACAAUUCUUCGUUUUGAUAUUCGUUAACAUUUCAUCAAUUAAUUUCCUGUGAAUCGCCAUAAAUUGUUCAAAAAUUGAUAAGAACCAAUUUACUUGCCGCAAAGGUUUUAAACAAAUUUCAACUUAGCAGUUUAUUAUAUACAUAAAAUAGAUCUCCCCCACUCCAUAUCGUUUCGUAUUUCAUUGACUAGAUUCGAUUUUAGUGCUGUUCCAAUUUGCAUAUUUGGAAUAUAAACCAAUUUUAAAUUUAUCCCACAUUUAGAUUUCAAGCAAAAUUGGGAACAGAUCUGAAUUGAUUUUCAGUGUUUUUAAUGCGAUUUUCUUAAUAAGAUAUACCACUUUAAGAUGAAUACUCUACUUACUUUUAGUCCCCCAAUGUUCACAUUUGGUUGCAUUCCAAUAAAUUAUGAAACGAUCCAAAUCAGGCGUGUUCCUAAUUCUCAAUUGUCUUUCGAGAGUGUGAAUGCGAAAUUGAAAGCUGUUCCGGUUUUACGGAAAUCGACUUUGUAUUCAGUGUUCAGAAACAGUAGACAAAAAAUAAACAAACAACCAAAAAAAAAAAAAAAAAAAA